GUCCAGGGCCAGGGGGUGAAUUCAGUGGGGUGAAUUGGUGAAACGCUUUUUUGGCUUAGUCGACCAUCUGUGUGUCUUUAUUCUGUGGCUCAGUGUUAUUGCCACGUGCGUGAAAGCGUUUGUUGUCAUGGAUGAUCGCAUGAAUUAAAUAAAUGAUCUAUUUUACCAGCAGUGUUCAACGCUGUCAGUGGCAAUAGCAACACGUGUCGAAAGUAUUUAAAUUAGGAUUUCAGGCAUUUUAAAGUCUGAGUACGCUUUAUUGUAAUAUUUGUUCCAACGAGCGCGUUUCACAUGUUGCUAAAAAGGUUGUUGUUUAAUUUGUCAAAUUCGGCGAAGAUUUUGCCGGCGUUUUCAGCGAACAGAAUGCUGUCAGUUCGCGUUGACAAUGCCACGUCAACAGGGGCACAAAGAGUUGUCUUUCAUGGGCCUAAAAAACUUUUGCAAACCGAGAUUGCUGGAAUUCCAGAGAUCGGAGAAGGGGAGAUAUUAGGCAAGAUUAGAGCGGCCACAAUAUGUGGCUCGGAUCUGCACACUAUUAUAGGCCGAAGACAAGAGCCUGUGCCAAGGUUAGUCAAAAUAUUUUCACUAAAUUUACUUUAUUCAAUAAUAGCAUUGUUUAUAUUUUCGUGACGCGUUAAUGUAUUAAUACCACUGAUCUUUUUUUCAAUGUACUAUUCAUUGUCUACUAAUCAAUUGUUACAUUAUUUUACAAACUAUCUUCAGAAAAUAUUAACAAUAAACUAGGGUACCUGCAAGAUAGGGAUUGCUGCGGGUAUUAAAAGCAAAUAGAACUACAGUAAACAGCACAAAUUAUAUCAAGCACAGUGAUUACUUGCAGCGACUAGUGAGCUGUGAAUGGAACUGAGAUUCUGAGAAGAAGCAAUAUAUAUUGAAGUAUCAAAGACCAGGGGUUAAAGGGCAAUCAGAGGUGACAGAUAUUAAACAUGUGCGUCUCAUUGACAUACAGUUAAGAUCAGAUUUUAUAUCAAGUCUGUUUACUGCUAUAUAGGCGCAUUUACCACAUUAUAUAGACUAUAUACACAGAUUUAUCACACUAAGAAACCAAAACUUUAUAAAAAUAUAGAACUGAUAGUGGCCAAAGUCCAAAACAAAUGUAAGCGUAACAUUUAGACUUGAAAAAGCUGUAGAAAUUCGAUAAAAAUUCGAAGACUCAAGCGAGUUUAAAAUUUGUGUUCUGCGCAUAGAAAGCGCGCACGACCACAAUUCUAUGCGCUAAAUAAAAUUUAGUUCAAAACCUCCUCUCUGCACAUAUUAGGCUGCUGCUACGCUCGCUCGCUUCAGGCUCGCUUGCUCCGCAGCAAUAACCCAUUGUCAGUGAUCACCAGUAUCUCCCUUGUAAAAUCUUCUGGCGUUAUGUACCAGUACCCCUGGGAAUUUGACUUUUCAAAAAACUGUUGGUCAAAUUCCUCAGGGUGCCGGCAAAAAACAUGAUCAAAUGCCUCUACGUCCGGGCUGGCCAGAUACCCAUGCAUGACUGUUAUAUUUAAUUUUUUUUUUGAGACAAAUUCAGCAAAACAAGAAGCAACAACAGCUUUUUUAAUGUCCUCGUUCUUAUUCCAGACUUUGAACAAAGGCAUAGAUGAGCAAAAGAUGUGUAAAGAUGCUCUAAAGAUGAUUACAAAUUUUUACUUUCACUAUAUUUAAGCCAGACUAUUCUCUCGUGAAGGGGCAUGAUCAAUGAGCAAAUUAAAUUUUAUUGUUGAUGUAAUUCGUUCACUAGCAUAUUGGGUCAUGAAGGUGUAGUGGAAGUGAUCGGACACAAAUGUCCACACAGCGAUCUCAAUGUUGGAGAUAGACUUACCUUCACAGUUGCUGAUUUCUGUCAUACUUGUGAAAGAUGUGAAAGUGAUUUGCCACAGAAAUGCUUCUCUCUUUUCAAGGUAAAUCACAUUUUAUAGUAUUCAAGACAUUUGCCAAUUUUUGACUCCCCCCCCCCUCCCCUCCCCUACCCCUGACAAUCUGUGACAUCACUCCCUAUCUGAAAUUCAGCGACUCUGAGCUAACUAAAAAUAAAGAAUCAACCUUUAUUUUUCUCAUAAGCAGCAUAGUUUUUUGGAGUGAGUGGGCCCUUGGGAUCUAGUGUCAGCAUCAGCUAUCACUCCACUUCACAGUAUGAAAAUACUUCAUGCCAGCCUGUGCUUGGGGAUAUACCCUUAUCCCCUAAUUGUGACAUUAUGUGGCUAUUGUUUAAGCACACACUCCCUCCACUUUUUUUUUUUUUUUUUAAUUUUCCCCAUGUACAAUAAAUUUAUGUGUAGUAUAUUUACAAUAAUUGUAGAGUGCGGGCUAGAGACCUACUAGAAAUCUUAGUAGACUUUUUAUUUAAGUCUUUAGUUAUGCUAAUUUGUAUUAUAUUAUAUAAUAAAUUAUUUACAGUCAAUCACAAUAUUAAAGGAAUAUAUAUAUAUUUACAAGAGAGAAAAAGAAGACCCUAACCCUACCCCCUAAGUGCCACAUAUUUUGUGUAUCAGUCCCCUAUGGGUACAAAGAUUAGGUUCAUGGAAAAACUAUUUUCUCCAGUACAGCUGGCCCUUAAAAAAUGUCAAAAUUGAGGUUGGUAAAAAAAUGCAUACUGACUUAUACAUCACAGGUCGACACCUCUCGGUAUUUUCCAUUAGGAUAUGAUUUUGGAUUUAGAACUUAACAAUAAAGGGCUGUUUAUAUGAGUCAGGUUUUUUGGGUCAAGCAUACCCUGCAUGAGUGGGAUGAUUUUUUUAUGUUCAUAUAAGAUUUUCCCAUUCAGUACGGUCAUGCAGAUAUGGACAGUGGUACGGGGUGGAAUGGUUGCUAUGCAACACAUCUUGUGAUACGCAAAGGCACUCAUAUUGUGAAACUACCAGAUAAUGUCCCAGACCAGAUUGGAGCGACGCUGAACUGUGCUCUAGCCUCAAUGACAAACGCUGUCGAACCGUUGAUGAAUUUAGGAAAUUUGGCAGAAAAACGAGAAGAAAAUAAAAACAAAACUGUCUUGGUACAGGUUAGUGAAUGCACUUUUAAAUAAGAACAAUGAGGCGGAAAUUAGCAAGAAAUUUAGAACAAAAUAAGAAAAAAACUGAUGUUGAGAUAAAAUGUGAAUCGAAAUUUUGAGCCUCUUAACAAAACAACGUAUAUGACAGUUACUAUGUGAAAUAUGCAUGGUAUGUAUUCUGUUAGUGUUCUUGUGCCACUGAAAAGUAGUAAUUUUUUUGGUGAUUUAUCAAAUGUGAGCUCCGGCCAAAUACAUAGUAUAUUUGUGGUGCCAACCAAAAAGAUCCUUAAUUGUUUCAGGGUGCGGGACUCCUUGGUGUUUACAGUUGUGCAUUGUUUAAAGAGGCUGGCUAUGGAAAGAUAUAUUGCUAUGAUGUUCAUCCCGAGAGAUUAAAGAUAGCAGAAAAGUUUGGAGCAGUGUCUCUUAAUGGAGGUAUACGUUGUGUCAAGAAUUGAAGUAAAAUAAAAUGCCAAUGCCAUAAAAUGCAAUGAGCAUUGAGUGUCAAAUUACAAGAAUUACACAGUCAUUGGAGGAGGUUUUUGUGAUACUCUUUUUUUUUAGUAUCCACAAUAAUGCUCCAGCCUCAAUAAUAUUUGGUGAAAAGCGUUUGCAUAUUGGAGUUCCGAUAAAAAUGUCAAAAAAGGCUGCUUUUUGCGAAAAAAAAUUCACCAAAACGCCAUUCGUUUCUUGUUUUUGUGUGUGUAUUUAAAACUGAACCUCCCUGUUGUACUAUUAAUUCAAUAAUUCUCUACUUCUUAUUUUCAUAUUUCCAGAUAAGAAUGAAGAACAGAUAUUAAAGGACAAUAGUGUGGACACUGUUAUGGAGGUAUAUCCGCAUGAUUCUUCUAUUCAUAUGUGGUUAAAUACUGUAGCUAUUCAAGACAUAGACCGCUUUAAUAAUAAGCCAAUCGAGUCCAUUAUUAUUGCUGCUUGAACCAUUCGUUUACAGUUUUAAAAGUAUAAUCUAUCUCUAGAAAAUACUGACGUUUUUUGCUGAAUCGUGCACUAUGACUUCUUAUUUCAACACAUCGAAAUAAUCCCGUCUCACAUCUCGUCCUGGCAAAGCAGGAUCAUAAAAACAUUUCCUUAUUCAGCAAAUUGCGCAUGCUGCCUUUGAUCCCUUGGGGGUGAGGCAGCACUUUCCUUGCGAUAGUAACUUCUAGUUUUCAGCCAUGUACCACAGGUACACGCAACUAUAGUGCUAUCUGCGUACGUUUGCCGGUACCAUAUGACAUUUCCUAGCGCAAGCAAGGUAUUCAAUACGGUACCUUAGUUGGCAUAUAUGUAAGUCUGACAUGUCUUGACAUGAAACAUGAUUGGACUGAUGGGACUGAGGAAUGUUGGAGUUGAUUGUUGGUAUAUGCAAUUGUGCUUCUUGUUCUAACUCGUUGUUUGAAUACCUUUCAGAAACUAGUGUAUUUAUGUACUUUAUUUCAAAGAGUACGUACAUAUUGAGUAUUGAGUUUGUACUAGCGCAAGCACUCCGUAAUCUUGAAUUAGUCGCACCCUGUUAUUCACACUCUCGACGCAUGCACAUCCAAAUGACGCAUGCUGAGUCUGGAUAAAUCACAGUUGACGCCCCCUAGUCAUCAGGCCAAUUAUUGAAUCCCUGUCGGAAAAUUGUUUUCGUAGUCGGCAAAACAUGAAUUUUGAUACAAUAGUCAGCCUCGUACCCAGGCUCUUUAGUAAUUAAUAGCGUUUAGAGCUCUGGGUAUGUGUAUGAGGCAGUAGUCGUCUCGUUCGUAUGGUACUGUAUAUUAAAGAGGCUGUGCUAGCUGUGCUUGUGUAGGUCAGGGUAUAUGAGAGUAAUGAGACAGUGGUCGUUUCGUUCGUAUGGUACUGUAUAUUAAAGAGACUGUGCUGUGUUUGUGUAGGUCAGGGUAUAUGAGAGUAAUGAGGCAGUGGUCGUUUCGUUCGUAUGGUACUGUGUAUUAAAGAGGUUGUGCUGUGUUUGUGUAGGUCAGGGUAUAUGAGAGUAAUGAGACAGUAGUCGUUUCGUUCGUAUGGUACUGUGUAUUAAAGAGGCUGUGCUGUGUUUGCGUGUGUAUGAGACAGUAGUCGUCUCGUUCAUAUGGUACUGUGUAUUAAAGAGGCUGUGUUGUGUUUGCGUGUCUACGAGGCAGUGUUCGUUUCGUUCGUAUGGGACUGUAUAUUAAAGAGGCUGUGCUGUGUUUAUGGCGUACGAGGCAGUGCUCGUCUCGUUUGUAUGGUAUUGUAUAUUAAAGAGGCUGUGCCGUGUUUGUGUAGGUUAGUGGUGUAAAGAAAGUGUUCCCAGAAGGCAUGCGGGUAAUCAAACCUGGUGGAUUUUACACAUUUGUCGGUUUGGUCCAUCCUAACUCACAACUUGAUGUUACCGCUGAACAAAUCAUUAGAAAAUGUUUGACAUUUAGAGGUUUGGCUUUCUAAAAUUAAUAUACCUAUUUCUUUUGUUUUUUUUCUUUUUCUCUUUGUAUGUACAUAAUUCAUUCUCACUAAUCUUACAUUCUCACUAUAACCAAAAAUUUUCUGAGCAUUUAAAAAAUUUCUGAGACCAUUUGGUCCUGUGGUAGUUCGCGGUCCGAUAUGUUUUACACCCUUGGUGUUUUGCUUCAUAGGUAUACAUAAUUAUGGUCCAAGACACUUAGAACAAGCCGUGGAGUUCCUGAGCAAUACAGUAGAUAAGUAUCCUUAUGACGAACUUGUCAGCCCAUCUUUCGACCUCGAUCAGAUGAACGAAGCAGUUGAAUUGGCAUUGAGUAAGAAAUACUUACGAGUUUGUGUCGAACCUGGCGGAGGUAAAGUAAAUCACUAGGUAAUAAUAAACAACUAAAGCAUAUAAAUUAUGAAAUAUUGACUCCCUACGUACUUUAUUAAACGCAGAAUAGAUUAAUAUAAUAUAACGUAUUAUAUUUGCAAAAUAGAUCUAUGAAAUUGCAUUCAUGCAUUCCUUGCUAAAAUACACUAUGAGUGUUUUAGCAAUCAUAGAAAAUCAUGCACUUUAUGAAGAAAGCACCAAAUUUGGCACAGUUUUAGCAUUUGAUUUGAUGUGACAAUGAUUUUACACAGAUUUAGCAUUUGAUUUGAUGCGAAAAAUGAUUUGGCACAGUUUUAGCAUUUGAUUUCGACAUGCAGGGGCAUCUCAAAUAAUUAUCUAGCAUCCUCAGCAGAACCUACAUUGGCUGAGCAAAAUAUCCAUAUACUGGUUGUACCAAAGUGAAACAUCCUAGUUCCUUACACAACUAUAUAACAGACAAUGAAAUUCACGUUAGAGACCAGGCCUCGGUAGAGACACACUCUCUGGCAAAACAAGAAUAAAAUGUUGCAUAUAAAACAUUUUAUAUGGUUGAUUUAAAAAAAAAACGGAUGUAGUUUUUAACCAGCUGAAAAUGUAAUGGUGUGUGCAUUAUAAGAUCCCUCAGAAUGACUGUAAAUCGCUUUUAUUUUUUUAAAAAACAAAGCUUGAACAUUAAAAAAAUACCGUUUUAAAAAAAAAAGAUGUUGAAUUUUUCCUAUCGAGCCACCUAAAUUUAAUUCCCGAAGAAAUCCCUUAUUUUCAGUUGAAAUUUUUAAAUUUCUCAGUGUUACUAGAUAUCACUUAUUCUUAUUUAUUUAUUUAAUAUUUAUUACAGUAAGCUUUGCCAAAUAUACAUGCAAUUACCACCAUAUAUUUAAUAUUUACAUAUACACAAUACGCACAAGUGGUAAGGUACACGCUACAGCUUUUGCCAAUUACAGCGGCACUUUACAUAAUAUAUACAACACGAACAAACAUUAUUUUACUUGAAUUUGAACAGGAUAAGAUACUGAUUUCCAUGUUCGUGGGUUCUAUAUCAUUGGACAGAAUUGGAAAAAAAACAAAUUGUCAUUGGAAAAAAAACAAACUCUAUGACUAUAUAAUACAGAGUAUUGAAUUAAGUAGUACGGAUUUUGAAGUCUGUAUAGAGAGAGAUGUAAAACCCGCGAAAAAAGUAUUUUCACUUUUUGUUGUAUUUCGUAGCAUUUUUUUUAUAUUUAAGAGUUAAUGUUUUUUUGUGACAUUUCUAAUGAUAUAGGGGUGAUAUCUAGUAAAAGGGAACUUAAAUUUGACCUUUGUUUGAUUUAUUACACAAUGUUAUAAAAAAACAUGUUGUUUUGUCGCAACCAUGAGCGAAUCUUAUUAUCACAUGAAAUGCUAUCACUGUAGUAAAUCUGGUGCUUUCUUCACAAAGUGCAUGAUUUUUUCUGGACGAUAAAACGCAGACUUUAUGAAAAUGUUGUAUUAUAUAUUUGCGCAGAAUAUAGAAAAAUAUUGUAUUAUAUUUGCGCAGAAUAUAUUAAAAUGUUGUAUUAUAAUUGCGAAAUGGUGUAUGACAUUUCAAUUACAUAACCCAGUAAAUUACACUGGACACACUAAAAUGGUAAAUAGCUUUCAUAUGACUACAUAUACCUACUUCGAUCUUGAGAUUUUAAACACAUGAUAUUUGCGGUACGAAAUUGCAAGUGCAUUUUCUACGUCAGAAAAUUACACUCGAUACUUUCAAGAUUGACAAUUUGAAGAAGACAAGAUUGACUCACAAGAAGGAAACACGUUUAUUCUUAUAAGAUACUACGACCCCACAAGCUUAUGCUUUAAACAUUAUCGUGCUUAAAUAAAGUCAUUAUUAUUAAAAGUCAAAGUUGUGCUAAAAUAUUUAUAUUAGUUUUCAGCUUUAAGUUUUGACUGUUUUGUUCAUGUUAUUGCAAACUAGUGACCCUCUUUUCUAGCUUUUUUAAUUGUCCUCUCCAAAAGCCCAUCCCCAGAACGUGCCUAAGGAAAGCCUGUGGAGGAGGCUAAAACUUUGCCAGAAGAUAAUUCCAGGGUGUUAGCCAGAAGAAGGAAAAAUUCGGCAAUUUAAAUGAAAUUGGGAAAUUCAGUCUUUGCAAGUCUUCGAUGUCUUGCUCAAGAAAUAAUAAACGCAGAUACUUUCAAAAAUAUGGUCGGAUGAGAAAUAAAACAACACAUGAAAACUGAUGGGGCGGCAUUUAUACUUUUUCUGGUCCCAACAAAAAAAACAAGCGUUGCCUUGCACAAGUUAGAAACUUCAGACUUUCUUUUGUUCUUGAGGCUUGUAGAUGUGCUCUGACUGGUUCACUUCUAAGUUAACAUCU